AUGUCCAGAAAGCCUGCUGACAGUAUUUACCCCUAUGGAUAUGGCAAAUUUGAGACAGUUGGAUCUGUCACUGUAUCCUCGCUGUUAUUGGCAGGCGCUGUGGGCAUUGGAUGGCACUCGUUUGAUCUCUUAUUAGCCACAUUGCAGACAGCAGGGCCGUUGGUAUCAGACACAACAGCCACCGUUGUUGCUGCCGCUAGUACCAAUGUUGCUGAAAAUGCAGCACCAACAGCAGCAACCGCAGCUUCUUCCCCACCACAUGUGCAUGGUCAUGGUGGUGUGUUAGAUCCUAAUGCUGCUUGGUUUGCAUUGGCUAGUGUUUUGAUCAAGGAAUGGUUAUACAGAGCUACCAUCAAGGUAGGUAUAUCAGAGAGAAGUGAGGUGUUGAUGGCCAACGCAUGGCACCACCGUUCAGACGCUUAUUCCAGUGCUGUUGCACUCGUUGCUAUUGUGGGCAGUUAUGCAGGCAUGCCCGUCUUGGAUCCUCUAGGUGGUAUUGUGGUAUCGGGCAUGCUUGUCAAGAGCAGUGUUGGAUUAUUGGGAUCCUCCAUGAAGGAAUUGAUGGAUAAAGGCAUUACACCCGAGCAAUUGGAUGAGAUUACAGAGGCCAUCAGCAAAGUCAAAGACACGGAAAUGGAUUUGAUCAACUUUCACUCUGUGCGUGGACGCAAGCAAGGGCCAUUCAACCAUGUUGACCUUGUAUUACAACUGAAUCCUGUCAUCUCCAUGGAAAAAGCAUAUCAAAUUGAAGAGUUGGUGCGAUCAUCAGUCAAGAACAAUUGCGAUAAUAUUCAGGAUAUCCUGAUUUACUUGGAAGAUGCUAAAGCAGCAGCAGCGAAAAAGCAUGAGUAUGAGCAUGAUCAUGAGCAUGAGCAUGAACAUGAACAUGAACGUGAACAUGAACAUGAACAUAAACAUCACCACGAUCACUCUCAUUAG